GGAACUCAAAUUCAAAAACUUGAAAACCUGGAAUGGGAAUAUUUCCCGUGAGCUACCUUCUCUCGAAGCAAUUUUAUUGGUGACUGAGAAUACCUUUGUUCCUCCUUCACACGUUCUCAAAGCUUCAAGCCUUCAGCGCAUCUCUGGUGUUACUUGGAGCAGUGCUUGCAACAACAAGACACUUAUAAAGAACCAAACUCACUCAAACGUGACGCUUUUCAAGAAAGGGGUGUAUGACAUUUACCCAAAGUCACGCUGUCGGGGUUCACGCUACCUUGUCGAAUCAAUAUCUCGCUUAUUUGCUAAGUAUGGAUUUGUAAUUGCUUUCGAUGAAAAAUGCUUCACCUCUGAAGUGACAGUCAUCCCAAUGCAUCGAUGCUGGGACAGUGCCAAUGAAGCUCUAUAUAUUGAAUACCUGUUAACUCCAUUAAUAAUAAUCUUCAACUUGACAGUGUUUUUUACAAUGGCUACCACAAAAACACUCAGAAAACUACCUUGUAUGUUAUUUGUUGCAAAUUUGGCCUUAAGCGAUUUUUUCCUAGGAGUGUACACCCUUGCUAUCACGUCAUCACGUCACGCUAUGACUUAUCAAGCCUUCGUUGGCGUGAUGAGCUCUUUGUGUCCAGCUAUUGGUUUUGUGUGGGUUGUCGGGCAAUUUGCCGCAGCUCUUUCUUCAUUGCUGUUGACUACUGAACGAUACAUAGCAAUUAUCUUCUCCAUGAGACCAAGUAUCUCUGUCACAGCAAUAGCAUGCCUCUAUUGCAUGGCUGCCUCGUGGGCAAUAGCUGUAUUUAUGGCAUCCCUUCCAUUCUUCGGUGUGGGAACAUACACUACGACUACCUUCUGCCUUCCGAUCCAGCCUGCGAAGGGAAUCCCUCAUUCGUUUGCGUACAGCGCCAGUGUCGUCGCAAUUGGAGUUUUGUUGUACAUCAUCACUAUUCCCAUGUAUCUCCAUAUUUUUGUCCAUGUGAGGAACUCAGGAAAUCAAAUGGGUAUAAAGCGAGAUGGAAAACUGGCCAAAAAGAUUUCAAUCUUGGUCACAAGCAAUUUGAUGUUUUUUCUUGUUCCUGUGUUUAUAGGAGUAUUAUGGUUGAUGACUCAAACUUUCAGCAAAGUUUCUUUAACGACCAGAGAGAUUUUGGUCGGUUCAUUAACAACUGUUUGUUUUAGCAUCAACUCCUUUUUAAAUCCU